GGUUGAGUUGCUGCCUGUUAACGCUGUUAUGCGCAUAAACAAUGCAGUUAAGGCAAGACAAGCUUUUAAUGGUGUUUCUCCUGCUGGAGUUCAGUGCUCUCAUCUGCAGUGGUGUGUUGCAUCAGAUGGACAUGAAAGAUGGGGACAUGCAUCUCCUGCCUUGUGUCUCCAAGAAAACUAUUGAGACAUGCACGUUGUCCGAAAUGUAUCUUCGAGGUUCUCAGACGACUCGGCUGAAGGUUGUAGCUGGACAGAUGGUCGAAGUUCAUUUAAGAUCAGAUAAUUCCACAAAUUCCACACGAUGCUUUUGGAAACAAAGAGGGACAUCCAGUUUGCUUUUGUUCGAGUCUUUUGAAAGAGGCAUGGAUGGUAUGUACACUGUGGUCUGUGGCGACAGCAAAACUGCCAACAUCUCAGUCCACGUUCAUUCAUCAGCAAGGAGACCAUCAGUGCCACAGCUCACAAUCAGUGGCAGUGAAGAUAGCACGGCUCAUUUUCUAUGCAUUUCUGAGGGAAAUCCCAAACCAGAAAUCAUGUGGUAUGAAAACGAAAAACAUAUCGGUGAAGGUCUAAAGGAGAUAAAAAGGACAGAAAAAGAAGUGACCAAGAGCAAACUGAAUGAUUUGCACUUUCAUGAGUCAAAUAUAAAGUGCUGUGCGACAAACUCACACGGAGAGGAAUGCGCCUACAUUUAUCAUUAUGACCUUAACAGCGGCAUGGUGAAAAGCGAGGCUCCUCGGAUUCUGCUGCGUCCUGGUCAGUCUCUCUCGCUCCGAUGUCAUAAAAUGGACCAAAACAAUAUCGACGACCUUGACAUGAAGUGGUACUUCAACAACACAGAGCUCAGAGGAGUGCGUUCACUCUAUUUUACCAAAAUGAUGGAGUAUUAUUCCGUUCCCUCGGUUAGUGUGAAUGAUAGUGGAGAGUAUCAUUGCAAGAGCAAUCAUGGGCAAACGAAAGCCAUAAAGGUUCAGGUUCAUGAAAAUGACUUUCUGGAGAUCCCAAAGCUGAAAAAACAUAUCAUGAUCCAACACAAAGACAAGGCAAAAUUUUGCUUCCAGUCUGAGGUGCUUUCUCAUCCAAAAGCUCAAUGUCACUGGAUCACCCCAAGCGGCACCAUAGUGCAGUGCAGCGAAACUCAAUACCUCUGGGGUGAAAGCACUUUUACGCUGUGUAACCCAGAACCAGGCCGAUAUCAGAUCCAACUGAGGGCCGGUAGAAAAGUUGUCACAGAAAGUAUGUCCCUCUGUGUGACAGAUAUUCCUAAGUUUGUGCUACUUCAAGACCUGACCCGAGUCACCUGUAUGACCAAAAGUGUCCAUCCUAUAAAUGUUUCCUGGAUGACCUGUUCAUCAAAUGCUGACUUUCAGGAUCCUUCAGUGUGGAAAGAGACGUACACUGAUUCGCCAGAGUACUCAGACUCUGAACAGUUCUGCCACAAGAACGUCAUCGUCUCUCGGCCUUUGAGCGACAUGAAUGAUCACUUUGUGAAAUGCUGCAAUAAUAAUAAUUCAGUCUCAUACUGUAGUGAGCAAAUCCUCGUGAAAAUAUCUUCAGCAAACUUUUUAUUCCCAGUGGUGGCAUGCAGCCUGUUUGUCUUUGCCCUCAUGCUGGUCAGUGUCCUCCUGAUUCAUCUCAUCCGCAAAAAAAAGCCUGGUUAUGAGACACAGAUCCAGAUGAUUCAGAUGGUGGGACCCUCUGAUAACGACUACAUCUACAUCGACUUCAAAGAUUUUAAAUAUAACCAGAAAUUGGAGUUUCCUCGUGAGAAUCUGGAACUGGGGAAAGAGCUGGGCUCUGGAGCUUUUGGCAUGGUCGUGCAGGCCACAGCAUAUGGGAUCAGCAAGCCUGGAGUGUCCAUGCAAGUUGCAGUGAAAAUGCUAAAAGAGAAGCACCAAGCAGUAGAAAAAGAAGCCUUGAUGUCUGAGCUGAAGAUGUUAACUUAUAUUGGACAUCACAUCAACGUUGUGAACCUGCUGGGAGCCUGCACUAGCACAGGUCCCAUUUACCUGAUCUUUCAAUUCUGCCGUUAUGGAGACCUGCUGAACUACCUGAAGAACAAGAGGGAGCAUUUCUACAAGUCCUUAACUGAUGCUUUCAAAAAGGACAGGUUCAGCAGCUUGUACAACAACUACCAGUGGAAGAGAAACUCUAGUGGUGAUCAGUCUGGUGAUAACCCGUACGUGCCCAUGGCUCCAGUGAACAAGGAGCUGGAUCCGCUGCUCAGUUCCACGGAUAUUAAUGAGGAUAUAUUUGAAGAUGAAGAUGAAGAUGAGGAGGACCUUCAGACGCUCACCUAUGAAGAUCUCCUGAGCUUCUCCUAUCAAGUGGCUAAGGGCAUGGAAUUCCUUUCCUCCAAAAACUGUAUCCAUCGAGACCUGGCAGCCAGAAAUAUCUUAGUAACCCGAAACAGGCUGGUGAAGAUUGGUGAUUUUGGUUUGGCACGAGAUAUUGAAAACGACUCGAACUAUGUGGUGAGAGGAAAUGCUCGUUUGCCGGUGAAGUGGAUGGCCCCGGAGAGUAUAUUUAAAGGGAUGUACACCAUGCAGAGUGAUGUCUGGGGCUAUGGCAUCCUGCUCUGGGAGAUCUUCUCUCUGGGUGUGACUCCAUAUCCUGGUAUUAAAGUGGAUAACACCUUCUAUACCAUGAUCGAAAGAGGGUUUCAGAUGGAGCGCCCGUAUUAUGCCUCUGAGUCUGUGUAUAAGGUGAUGUCCCACUGUUGGGCUUUGGAACCCAAAGACCGACCCUGUUUCUCCAAACUGGUGGCUUUCAUGGAGUACCAGCUGAGUGAUGUUGAAGAUCGGCUCUACUAUAAUGUCGAAGGGCAGAAAAAUGGUGACUCUGUGUACCAGAAUGCUCCACUGACCUCAGAACCACAAGAAAUAGUAAAAGAAGAUGUACGUCAGUCAUCAGUGACAGAUUCUGAAUCCACAUAGUCACAGAAUAACCUGGAAAUACAGUAAAUACUCACCAUUAGAAACUGCUCAAGGUUCCACUCAGUUACCAUAAUCAGAGCUGGGUGAUAUGACUAAAACAUCAGAUCACGAUUCUUAAAGGUAUUUCUAAGAUACACAAUAUGUAUCAUGAUAUACAGUAUACAGUAGGUUUACUCAGAAACUGCCAGCAAUACAGUAAGUUUUGCAUUUUAAAAAAAUGUUUGAUUUAUAGAA